CCUCGGCCUGCCGCGCGGGCGGUGAUGGGAGUCCCAAGAUGGCGGCGCCCGUCUGAGAGAACUUCGGAGGGAGACCGCGCCGCCCGCCCAGCCGCUACCCAGGCAAGAGACACCGGGAGGAGCCGCUGGAGCCCAGGCCCGCAGCCGACCGCGCUUUCCUGUGUCACUCAGAAAUAAUGUUGAUAUUUGGAACUCAUGUCGAACAUCUAUGAAGAGAGGGUAAUGAUGAUUGCAGCAGGGGAUUUGCAGGAGUUUGUCCCUUUUGGCCGUGACCACUGCAAGCACCACCCGAAUGCGCUGAACCUGCAACUUCGUCAGCUGCAACCAGCCUCGGAACUUUGGUCGUCAGACGGAGCAGCUGGUUUGGUGGGAUCCCUUCAGGAAGUUACGAUCCAUGAGAAACACAAGGAAAGUUGGCAGUUAAGGAAGGGCAUUAGUGAUGUUGGCGAAGAAGUGGAGUACGAUGAAGAGCUUUAUGUGGCCGGCAAUAUGGUCAUUUGGAGCAGAGGGAGUAAAAGCCAAGCUUCUGCAGUUUACAAAGCGUUUACGGUGGACAGCCCUGUUUUGCAGGCAUUGUGGUGUGAUUUCUCUAUACCCAAGGAUAAGUCUGACAAAACGGAAGGUCUAGUUGCAGACAGCACCGAAGUAGUAGAAAAGUGUAUCUGUAUAUUACAGAGCUCUUGCAUAAAUAUCCACAGCAUUGAAGGAAAGGAUCACAUUGCUUCUUUGCCCUUUCAGGUAGCCAAUGUCUGGACAACAAAAUAUGGCUUGCUGUUUGAACGUAGCAGUUCUUCGCACGAAGUGCCCCUUAGCCCAGCCAGAGAACCUUUGCCCACCAUGUUCAGCAUGCUGCAUCCGUUAGAUGAAAUAACACCAAUGGUUUGUAAGUCAGCAGCAGGUUUGUUUGGUUCUGCCAGAGUACAGUACGUUGCUGACUAUUCGAUGAGAAUUGUUUUCCUCAACGCUGAGCCUUCCAUCCUAAUGACGUACGAUGCCACUCAGAGUGUGCAUACCAUCUGGGCGCUUCGUCGAGUAAAAGCAGAGGAGCAAAGCACUGUCUUGAAAUUCUCCGAGCAGGUGGGGACCCCUCAGUAUGCGGCCGCCAGCAGCUCCUUCACAGUCCACCUUCGGAACCUGUCUAAGGGUGACUCGCCCGUGGCUUCCCCGUUCCAGAACUAUUCCUCUAUUCACAGUCAGAGCAGGUCAGCAUCGUCCCCCAGCAUUCACUCCCGAUCACCCUCCAUCUCCAACAUGGCAGCUCUAAGCCGAUCUCACUCCCCGGCCUUAGGGGUGCAUUCGUUCUCAGGAGUGCAGAGAUUCAACUUCUCCAACUAUGCACAGUCUCCCAGGAGGCACAGUGCCUGCCAUUCUCCAAACAGUGUGAUAGACUCGUUCUUUGCCCCAGAAACGGAACUCAUUGUUCCAGAGCUUUGCAUAGACCAUCUAUGGACGGAGGCCUUCACUACCACAAGAGAGAAGAAUUCUCAAGCCUCCAAAGUAUUCAUUACGACUGACCUUUGUGGGCAAAAGUUUUUGUGCUACUUAGUGGAGUCGCAGCUUCAGUUACGCUGUGUAAAGUUUCAACAGAGUAACGACAUGUCACAGUUGAUCUUUGGCUCUGUCACCAACAUCCCGGCAAAGGAUGCAGCUCCGGUGGAAAGCAUUGACACAAUGCUGGUUCUGGAAGGCAAUGGAAACUUAGUCCUGUACACCGGAGUGGCUCGGGUAGGGAAGGUUUUUAUACCUGGUUUGCCAGCUCCGUCACUGACGAUGUCCAAUCAGAUGCCUCGCCCCAGCACCCCUCUGGACAAUGCCAAUACUCCUUCCAAGCCCUUGAACAAGCACCUCGGACCCUUAGAUGAGCAGGGAGUGUUGUCCCCUGUUCCAGAGCUGAGGGAUUCUUCCAAACUUCAAAAUUCCUCUUACAUUGAUGAUUGCACUUUUCAGCAACUUUCAACUUUUAUUCAUUCUGUGAGAGAUCCUGUCCAGAACAGAGUGACUCUGGAACUCAGCAGUGGCUCCAUGGUCAGAAUUACCAUCCCAGAAAUUGCAACUUCAGAAUUAGUCAAAAGAUGUUUACAGGGCAUCAAGUGUAUCCUGCCCAGAGAAGUAGCCGUGCAAAUGCUCGUCAGGUGGUAUAAUGCCUACAACGCACCGGGUGGACCAAGUUACUACUCGGAGUGGAACUUAUUUGUUACCUGCCUCAUGAACAUGAUGGGCUACAACACGGACAGAGUGGCCUGGACUCGUAAUCUUGAUUUUGAAGGCUCUCUUUCUCCAGUCAUUGCUCCCAAGAAAGCCCGGCCGUCAGAGACAGGAUCAGAUGAAGACUGGGAAUAUCUGCUAAAUUCUGACUAUCAUAAAAAUGUUGAGACUCACCCUUUGGCCAAAGCUCUACGGCUGGAUCCACUGGAAGUGAAAUCUCCCAGGGACAGCCUCUCACCCAACCACUGCUUGGAUUCCACCACCCUUCUCUUCCCCCACAUCCCAGCUAUUUUCUGCGUGCUCCACUUGAUCUACGAGGAGCUCAAGCUGAAUUGCUUGAUGGGCGAAGGGAUUCGUUCCCUUGUUGUCCUUCUGGUUCAGCUGGCAAGGGACUUGAAACUGGAAGCUUAUCUUGAUUAUUACUACAGAGACUAUCCAGUGCUUGUAAAGACUUCCAGCCAAGCCUGCAUAAUAGACCCAGCCCAAACAGGUUUCAUGCACCAUCCUUCCUUUUUCUCGGCUGAACCUCCGAGCAUCUUCCAGUGGCUGAGUUCCUGCUUGAAGGGAGACAGUGUGCCACCCUACCCUUACUUGCCCGGAAUCUGCGAAAGGAGCAAGCUGGUGGUGCUGAGUGUUGUGCUGUACAUCCUCGGCGAUGAAAAAGCGGUUUCAAAUGAGGCAUCCAACUAUUUGUCCAGGAUAACUACAGGGCAGCGAAAGCAGCAAACUGAGCAAGAGGAAUCUCGAUGCAGUUUUAGGCACAGCACCUCUGCUUCCAGUCUUGCGGAAAAGCUGGUUGUCUGGAUGACGAAUGUAGGAUUCACCUUAAGAGAUCUGGAGUCUUUGCCAUUUGGAGUUGCUCUUCCUAUUAGAGAUGCAAUAUAUCACUGCCGACAGCAGCCUGCCUCUGACUGGCCGGAAGCAGUCUGCCUUCUGAUUGGCCGUCAGGAUCUUUCCAAACAGGCGUGUGAGGGAAACUUGCCUAAGUGUAAAGCUUCUGACACCCAGGUGCUCUCCUCCGAAAUGCCCUCAACAACAGAGUCAGAAGAGGACGACGACGGAAUGAAUGAUAUGAACCAGGAAGUGAUGUCACUAAUAUGGAGCGAAGACCUGAGAGUGCAAGAGGUGCGCAGACUUCUGCAGAGUGCUCACCCUGUCCGUGUCAAUGUAGUUCAGAUGCCAGAAGUCAGUGACCACGAAUAUAUAGAAGAAAAAGAAAACCGGCUACUGCAGUUGUGUCAACGGACGAUGGCUCUGCCUUUGGGAAGAGGAAUGUUCACUCUGUUCUCUUAUCAUCCAGUUCCAACAGAACCGUUGCCUAUCCCCAAAUUAAACCUGACAGGCCGGGCUCCUCCUAGGAAUACCACAGUGGACCUCAACAGUGGAAACAUAGAUGUGCCUCCGAACAUGGCUUGCUGGGCCAACUUCCACAAUGGCGUUGCUGCUGGGCUGAAGAUUGCGCCUGCUUCUCAAAUAGAUUCUGCAUGGAUCGUCUACAACAAACCCAAAAAUGCCGAACUAGCCAAUGAAUACGCAGGUUUCCUCAUGGCCCUGGGCUUGAACGGCCACCUCACAAAGCUCGCCACACUCAACAUCCAUGACUACUUGACAAAGGGCCACGAAAUGACAAGUAUUGGGCUGCUGCUUGGGGUCUCAGCCGCCAAACUAGGCACCAUGGACAUGUCCAUCACUCGCCUGCUCAGCAUCCACAUCCCUGCUCUUCUGCCGCCAACUUCCACUGAACUGGAUGUGCCUCACAAUGUACAAGUGGCAGCCGUGAUCGGGAUCGGCUUGGUGUACCAAGGCACGGCUCACAGGCACACGGCCGAGGUUCUGCUGUCGGAAAUAGGGCGCCCCCCUGGCCCUGAAAUGGAGUAUUGCACUGACAGAGAGUCCUAUUCGCUAGCUGCUGGCUUAGCUUUGGGCAUGGUUUGCCUCGGGCACGGCAGCAACUUGAUAGGCAUGUCGGACCUCAACGUGCCUGAGCAGCUUUACCAGUAUAUGGUUGGCGGCCACCGGCGGUUUCAAGCUGGAAUGCACCGUGAAAAACACAAGUCUCCAAGCUACCAGAUUAAGGAAGGAGACACCAUAAAUGUGGACGUGACUUGCCCAGGCGCGACUCUGGCGCUAGCGAUGAUCUACCUAAAGACUAACAACAGGUCCAUUGCUGACUGGCUUCGAGCUCCGGACACAAUGUAUUUGUUGGACUUCGUGAAACCAGAAUUUCUAUUAUUAAGGACGCUUGCUCGGUGCUUGAUUUUGUGGGAUGACAUUCUGCCCAGUUCCAAGUGGAUUGACAGCAAUGUGCCACAAAUUGUGAGGGAGAACAGCGUAUCCCUUCAUGCAACUGAAAUGCCUUCUUCCGAAGACCUGAAUUUGGAGACUCUGGCGCAGGCUCAUGUCUACAUCAUCGCUGGGGCCUGUUUGUCUUUGGGCUUUCGAUUUGCCGGUUCAGAAAACCUAGCUGCCUUUAAUUGCUUGCACACAUUUGCAAAAGAUUUCAUGAAGUGUUUGUCCUCGGCUACGGCUUCCAUAGCAGGUCACUACAACCUGGAGACUUGCCUGAGUGUGGUCCUGAUGUCCCUUGCGAUGGUGAUGGCGGGAUCGGGAAACCUGAAGGUCCUCCAGCUCUGCCGCUUCAUGCACAAGAAGACUGGUGGGGAGAUGAACUAUGGGUUCCACAUGGCGCAUCACAUGGCUCUUGGGCUCCUCUUUCUGGGAGGGGGAAGGUACUCACUUAGCACUUCAAAUUCUUCCAUAGCUGCCCUGCUUUGUGCUGUGUAUCCUCACUUCCCAGUUCACAGUACGGAUAACAGGUAUCACCUCCAGGCCUUGCGGCACCUGUAUGUCCUGGCAGCAGAGCCCAGGCUCCUUGUCCCUGUGGACGUGGAUACAGAUACGCCCUGCUACUCACUGCUGGAGGUUACCUACAAGGGAACUCAGUGGUAUGAGGAAACAACUGAGGAACUGAUGGCACCCACUCUUCUUCCAGAACUCCACUUACUGAAGCAGAUCAGAGUGAAAGGCCCCCGAUACUGGGAACUGCUGAUUGAUUUAAGCAGAGGCACACACCAUUUGAAAUCAAUUCUUUCAAAAGAUGGAGUCCUGUAUGUAAAACUGAGGGCUGGGCAGCUUUCAUACAAAGAGGACCCAAUGGGUUGGCGAAGCCUUUUGGCGCAGACUGUCACCCACCGAAAUGCGGAUGCCCGUGCGUUCAAGCCAGAAGCUAUUUCUGCUUUUACAUCUGAUCCUGCACUGCUUUCAUUCGCUGACUAUUACUGCAAACCGGCUGCAAACACGGGGCAAAAACAGGAAGUGUUCGACCUUUUCUCUUCUCUCCUGUACGAGUGUGUUACUCAGGAGAAUCCCGAAAUGUUGCCGGCUUACAUCGCAAUUGACCAGGCUGUGAGAAGACUGGAAAAAAGAGAAAUGUCAGAGACAUUUGACUUGUGGCAGAUAAAGUUGGUUCUAGAAUUUUUCAAUUCCAGAAGUCACCAGGAGAGAAUGGGGAAGAAACCACACCGGGGCCUUUUUAUGAACUCUGAGUUUUUACCUGUGAUUAAGUGUUCCAUCGAUAAUACCUUGGAUCAGUGGCUGCAAGCGGGAGGCGACGUCUGCUUGCACUCCUAUUUAAGUGGACAGCCAACCGACGCAUCGCAGCUAAGUAUAUUGGCCUGCUUCCUCAUAUAUCAUUCUGUUCCAACACCGGCACAGCUGUUAGCUGGAGGCUUGGAAGGUUGUACAACCUUCUCUGAAUUGCUGUUGAAAUUCAAGCCCCUGGGAAUGCCCUUCCAUGCCCUUCUAAGACUCGCCCCUCUGUUGCUGGGGAAUCCACAGGCAAUGCUUUUGUGAAAGCAAUAACUUGAAUUUGACACAACCGAGAGACCAAAACGCCAGUAUCCGUUUAGCAUUUGACAUCGGACGGAAGAGGCAUUGAUGAAGUCAGGCUUUGCUUUCUAAGUUUACAAACUUCUUCCUCAGCGUUUUCCAUUCCCUUUUUAUGUUUUGAGAGUGAUAAAGAGAGAGAGAGAGAGCUUUAUAUAUUGUUGGACGGUUUACAUGCCCGUGCAAAUUAAUAUGUUUACUUUUUUGUAAAUAAAGCUUGUUUGCCAAAAGAGAGAGAGAAAGAGAGAGAGAGAAAUAUUGACAAACUGGGAAAUAAACCACCUGGAAUCAAUUUGUCAACAGCUCUUUUCGACACAGCAUCCUUGAACUAGCAGCGCUACAUUGCCCAUUUCUUCUAAAUGUUGCGAUUUGAAUCUCCGGGUGGGAGAAACACACAGAGAGCUCAGCUCAGUGCCUUCUUUGAAGCCACCUUUGCACAUGUAUUUCCAAAGUCUGAUCGCUCAAAACAAGCAAAACCUACAGUAUAGUACUACUGCCACGCAUACUCCUUCAGUGUAGAACGGUAACUGGCUAUACAUCAUUAUGAAUUCAGGUUCCAUGCACUUUCAGAGAGGAACGAUAUGUUACAAGAAACACGGGGUUGCCAAUGAAAACUCUAGCCCUGUGCUGCUUCGCCCCUCUCCUGCCACUACCCACCCCAUUACACCCAGUAAUACAGUUCUCCUUAUGUUGUGAUCUGCUUAUUUAUUUAUAAAAUAUGCCACCUUUCUCGGGAUAGCCCACCCAAGGCGGCUUUUAAAAGUAUAAAACAGUGGGUGGAAUUCAACGUAGUGCUAAGGUGUGGGGGGAACAAAGUCUGCUCAUGCAACAGGACUUUCUUCCCCUGGGUGCCCCCAGCGCUCCAAAACAGAUUUAGGGGCUGCAGGAAGAAGCACACCUUGUUCCAUGCAACUUAGUUGACUCCUGCAAAGUACAUAUGAAAAACUUGGAACAGCACCAAUAUUGAAUAUCCUUCAAAACCUGGGCUAUUUACAACCCUAUAACCAAACCUAUUUUUGUUGGCAUCCGGCUGUCUCGAGAGACAAUGGAAUGCACCUCCAGGGCUGAAGUCAAACCGCUGGAGAAUCACAGCGCCUGCUGUGGCUGCAGAGACCAGUAACUCAACUGGAAUCACAGCUGAGGAAUCCCUGAUCGGUGAACAUCCAACCACUUUAGGAACCUCCAGCGAAGGAGAGUCCAACACCUUCCAGUGGUUCCAGUGUUCCACUGUGACUUCCUCUGAAGGGUCUUCAUGCUCACAACACUUGUGGAACCUGUAGUCUUCUAGAAGUUUGCGGGCCUCAGCCCCAACCAGCAUGGCCAAUGUCACAUAGAUCAUUUGAGUUACGGUCUAGCCCAGUGGUUCUCAAAACCUUUUCUCGUUGCCACGCUUUCAGAAUGAAAAAUUUGCUCACGCCACACCAAAUUUUAAAUUGGUAAGAAAUACAUUGGAAAACAUUUGUCCUCGGUAUCACCUGGUGCUCUUGCUCUCAUUUUGAAAAGGGACCUAUCCAUAUUCUGCAAAGAAUUUUCUUAUAUACUAUACUGCACUUAAAUGUUUCUUUGAUGACCCUUGAAUCUUCCUGCCACACUUUCCAUCCUCUCAUGCCACCAGGGGUGG